GAAUCGCACGCCUGUCGACUUCAAUACCUUGAGGGGUAUGCCCUGGGGUUUCUAACAGGCUCUGAAUAGGUCAUUCAAAGGUCAUUGCUGAACUUCAGCUGCAGCUACUUACGAAUUGACACCUUGUCUCCUAUAUAGAUGGUUUUCAUGGGACUCGAAUGUAUGUCCGUGCAAUGAGCCUACAGUCAGCCCAUCUCAAGUUUAGUCGCUUCGAAGCCCAAGUUACUAUUGUUCGCUUCCGUGAUUUUGCCGGAAGAAUGUUCUGAUGUUUUAAUACCGACCACCGUUUAAAAUGGCCCAGUUCGGAAGGGAUAGUUCAGGAAGAAGAUGGUUCCCUCCAAAUCGCUUUCAUUUCUUCUUACCCUGCCGACGCUUGCCUUGCUCUCGCUGACAGCGACUGCUUUGCCUCAUCCACGAGCAGCGUCGAAUACGGCUACCCUCAAGCUCUCCGUUAGAAUCAACUCCAAUGGGGUCAAGAACAUCGCUGCCGCAGAUCGAGCUCGAUUCCGAGUCUUGCAAGCUAGCGGCAGCUCUUCAGUUAAUGCAACCAAUGAUGGGACGACAUACACUGCUGAUGUUGGCGUAGGGAGUCCCGCAACGUACUACACACUCCUGGUAGACACUGGAAGCUCAAAUACCUGGAUCGGGGCCAACAAGGCUUACGAGCCGACUUCCACGAGCCAAGACACAGGCGGUCAAUUCUCCGUUACAUACGGCAGCGGUUCCGUUUCUGGAGAGGAAUACUUGGACACCGUAACGCUCAACUCUGAUCUGGUCAUCGAGAAUCAAUCUAUUGGUGUUGCAUCUCAAUCCUCAGAGUUGUAUGGUCUGGAUGGACUUCUUGGCGUUGGACCAGUCGACUUGACGGAAGGCACCGUCACUAAUGUAAAUGAAGUUCCGACUGUGACGGACAACCUUUAUACGCAGGGAACAAUUGGUUCGGAAGUACUCGGGGUGUUCUUCGCACCUGCUUCUUCUGAUGAUAGCAGCGGCGAGCUCACAUUUGGCGGUUAUGAUGCCUCCAAAAUUACUGGAGACAUCAACUAUGUGUCGAUCACAUCAACAUCUCCAGCGAGUGGAUAUUGGGGCAUUGAUCAAUCCAUCAGCUAUGGGUCUACGUCCAUCUUGACCGAGACCGCUGGUAUCGUCGAUACCGGAACUACCCUCAUUCUCAUUGCCAGUGAUGGCUUCAGCAAAUAUCAGUCUGCGACGGGGGGAACUCUCGAUGAGACCACUGGCUUGUUAAAGAUCACAUCCGACCAAUACGACAAGCUCUCAUCCUUGUACUUCACUACUGGCGGCGUUACUUAUGAGCUUACCCCCAACGCGCAAAUUUGGCCUCGAUCGUUAAACAGCGAUAUUGGCGGUACCACCGAUAGCAUAUACUUGGUUGUUGCUGACAGCGGGACCACGUCUGGUUCUGGUUUGGAUUUUACAAACGGCUACUGUUUCCUCGAGCGUUUUUACUCGGUGUAUGACACGGCGAACUCCCGGGUCGGGUUCGCCACGACUGAGUACACCGAUGCUACGUCGAAUUAACUUCCUCCCACGACAAGAUCACGGUUCUACUCAUUUACAUGACGAGCGUUACUUGAAUUUCUUGUGUAUGAUGUCAUCGUUGCAUGGAUGAGAGCAGUGUAGGAUUGACCGGACUCUGGUGAUGUUUUUUUUCAUGUAUUUCAUGUUGGCUCAGAAUGAGGUUGACCCCAGUAUGUACAGUAGAGUUAUGAAGCCUUGCAAUCGAAGUUGGUUUCCUGUGCACCCUAGGAAGAUGUUGAUCGGAACUGGUUC